AUGACCCUGAGUCAUUACGAGCUCAAGUCGCGUCACCUCUCUCAACGUCAGUGCUCGGCCAUCAAAACCCUUCCCUCGUGUUCUCCUCCACCGUCAGCAGUGUCGCGCCCAGCGCCUCCAUGCUGCGACGCAAACGGUAUCGAAAUGUCGUCCCGGACGCGCUCUGCCCGCCCCGCGAGGCGCGCAGCACCCCGCAGCGCCCGCUCAAGGCGGCCGGCCGACGAUGAAGAGAUUCCAGAAGUCUACCGCGAGAUGCUUGCCGAGGCCGACGCUCGAGAUGAUGGAGCUUUGGAAGAUGACAGACCGAGGAAACGGUUGAAACCGGCGGGAUACAGGGCGACGUCCGGCGAAGGGCGAGUUGCGACCAACACAAUGGAGAAUGCCGCAGGGGCAGAAGGGGAUUACGCGAAGAGACCGCAGAUUGUAUAUAACUCAUCGUCGGAGGGCUCGGAUGAAUCGGAUAUGGAAUGGGAAGAGGUCGAUAUCCAACAACCUGCAAUCCCUGGCGCGGCAGGACCCGUCUCCGGAGAUGACGACGAACCGCUGCAGAUAACGCUCGGUCAGCAGGAGGGCCAGAAGCGGCGAGUCAUCCGGCGCAAACCUGUAACUGCCGCGGAAAGGAAGAUCAGGCUCGAUGUCCAUAAGACGCACCUGCUCUGCCUUCUGUCUCAUGUGCAGCGCCGUAACCUGUGGUGCAACGACGAAGAAAUACAGGGAUUCCUCAAAAGAAUGCUUUCGAAGCACGUAAUCUCGCAACUCAAUCCACCGGAGAACAAGCCACAGCAUACCAGGUCGGCCAUGUUCCUCGAUGGACUCAACCAGGCUGGUGAUAUCUUCCACCGGAGAUUCCGAGUAACGAAACCUGGUCUCAAGCGUGCGCACUGGUCCGAUGACCCCGAUGCUCUCAAGCGGAAAACAGAAGCUAUCAUGUCCGACGCCGAAGUCUUCCUCGACAUAGAAGACUUUCGAGAACAAGCCCGAGCAAUGCACGGAUCGAGAGAUUUUGGCGCACAGUUAUUCUGCGCACUCCUGCGGUCCGCGGCAGUCGAGGCCAGGCUGGUUUGCUCCCUCCAGCCACUUCCGUUUUCUGGGACGACACGAGAGAUUCCCACCAAGCCAGAGCGGUACGCUAUCGUUAUUUCGUCGGAUGACCAUGAUUCUGCGACUGAAGGCAAAUCCAAGGUGGACUCGUCUCCCCGACCUUCUCCCAUUCGGAGGCUCGGCCGGCCGGGAUUCAAGCCCGCGCGAGCGCAGAAUACCCCUACCAGCAGGCCUGCCCCUCUACGCGAGUCAUCAUAUCCCGUCUUCUGGGUGGAAGCCUUCAACGAAGCCUUUCAGAAAUGGGUCGUAAUAGACCCCAUGGUGACAAAAACCCUCGCAAAACCGCACAAGCUCGAACCACCCGCGACCGACCCAUAUAACCUCCUUAGCUACGUUGUUGCCUUUGAGGAAGACGCUUCCGCGAGAGACGUGACGCGCCGAUACACGAAGGUCUUCAACGCCAAGAUCCGCAAGAAUCGCGUCGAGUCAACUAAAAAUGGCGAGGUGUGGUGGGGACGAGUCCUCCGGUUCUUCGAAAAACCGUUCUUGGAGGACCGCGAUGAAGUUGAAAUCGGCGAGUUGACGGCAAAAACCGCUUCAGAGCCCAUGCCACGGAACGUACAGGAUUUUAAAGACCAUCCUAUCUAUGCGCUUGAACGUCACCUCCGUCGCAACGAGGUUAUAUUUCCGAAACGAGUGACCGGCCAUGUUAGCCUGGGAAAAUCCGGUGCCAAAAGCCCGACGACGGAGCCGGUUUACCGUCGGUCUGAUGUACAUGUCCUCCGAAGCGCGAAUAAAUGGUAUCGUCUGGGCCGAGAUAUCAAACUGGGCGAACAAGCUCUGAAGCGUAUACCAGCGCGGAGCAAGGCAGUAAACAUUGACGACGACGAAGACGCCGACAUGGCCGAGGAAACAGCGCUGUACGCUUUCUUCCAAACAGAAGUCUACAAGCCACCACCCGUUGUCAAGGGACGAAUACCGAAGAAUGCAUACGGAAAUCUGGACGUAUACGUCCCGAGCAUGGUACCCCCGGGCGGCGUGCACAUCCCACAUGCUGAAGCCGCGCGUGCUGCACGGACACUAGGAAUCGACUAUGCGGAUGCGGUGACGGGAUUUAACUUCAAGGGACGGCACGGUACUGCUGUUUUCAAUGGGGUGGUCGUCGCCAGUGAAUACAAGGAAGCCGUUGUCGAGGUUAUCAGAUGCUUUGAGGAUGAGAAGUUGCAGGACGAGCAGGAGCAGAGGGCUGCCGAGGUUCUGAGAUUGUGGAAGCAUUUCCUGCUGAAACUGAGAAUUGCGGAGCGGGUAAAGGGGUAUGUUGUCGAGGGCGAAGCGGAUGAGAAGGAUAAUAGGGCCGGUAUAGAACAGAGUGAUGUCGAAGAGAUGGGUGGCGGGUUUCUUCCUGAAUCUGAUGACGAGAUGGCGAAUCAGCCUGAACACAUGGGGCAUAAGGGUAUGGACAUGCCGGCUGAUGAGGUGGGCGGAGGAUUCCUUCCCGAGUCGGACGACGAUUAUGGCGAUGGGACCAGCUCGACAGCUGGCAAUCUGGACCGUUUGCACAGUAACACAAAGGGCAAAGACCCGUUACUUGCAGUACCCGACGACUUAACAGGAGGAGGCUUCAUACCAGACACUCUCUACCGAAAUGCAAAGCUCAACCACAGCCCCAGAACCUCCCGACCCAAAUACAGCCUCAUUGUCGUCCCGCGACAAACGCCAGAUACUCCCACAACACACACAAAACCGGACCCCGCAACACAAUCUUGGCUCCACGAGCGAAUAGCCCCAGGAACCUCCGCAGCAGCCGCGAUCUCAGUCGCAUCAUCAGUGAAUGAUUCCGCUUCUGCACCCGCCUCCGCCUCUGCCUCCGUGACGGCCGAACCUCCCAUUGUUGUCGACUCUUCCGUGAACGACUCGGCGUCUCCGAGCGUCGAGAUGCUCUCGCGUGCCCCUUCUCAAACACAGUCACGGGCGCCGUCAGAGUCUGUGGAGGUGGUGUCUCCGCAGUCUGAAGACAAUGAGGGUUCGCUGUUGUCGGAGGAUCCGGAGGAUGAGGAUGCAGUUCCCGAGUGGUUGAUGUCUGAUUGA